CUUGAUCUGCAAAACAUUCUUGUCGAUGAAGAAGGCAAUGUAACCGGCAUCAUCGAUUGGGACAAUGCCAUGUCUGCACCACGCUGCGUCGGUGCUUCAGCCGUUCCAAGGUUUCUACGCAACGAUUGGUUCCCAGAGUGGGAAUCCAGGCUGGAGGUCUCGCCAUAUAUGGCAUGGAACUACCAUCACUACCGUGAGAUCUAUGCAGCGGCUCUGGUUGAGGCCGGCAACAUCGAGGAUGCCAAAUACACAACUAAAUCUGCCCUCUAUCAAGCCGCUAUCGCUACAUGCACCGAAGGUGUGAGCGACUACGACUUCAUACCGAAAUUACUCCACGAGAUUCCCCAUUGUCGCGUCGAUGCCAGUGACUUCUUAAAAGGUCUGGGCAUGGGUGCUUGGCAUUCAGCAAUUCGCAUGCUCGAGACACACUUCGCAAAGAUAUUCGAACCAGAGCUGCCUUCCGAAGGUCUACUUGAGGCGCUAGACGUCGAGCUCGAGAUGCAGACCACUUGGUGGUCAUGUUGUGAUGAGCUUCUUAACCUUUACGAGGAUGAAAAGACUGAUGAC